CUUACUGAACUUCAAAAGUCAACCUGCGCUCAAAAAAAUCACAAAAUGGGCUUCUGGCGCUGUGUGUUACCAUUUGUCCACAGGAACCAGUCUCGGCUUGCCUUCCGGUGUAUAACAAGAUUUCAAAUCUCACAGGUUAAUAACAGUAUUGCAGAUGAAAGGUACAGUGACAACAGGGACAACAGGGACUCCAAACAGGUUGCAUAUUUAAUAGCUAGUAAUAAUUCUUUCGGAAACGACAGUCGAGUAAGGAUGACUUCACAGAACACGACUUCAGUGGAAGAAAUAUAAUAGUCAUUGUGAAAAUUAACACCAAACUUGAUAGUCCCGUUAUGUAAAAUUCUAACUUUUAUACUCCGAGGCUUUCUGAUCCUAUUUCGAUGCUUGGUUUGGUUUUCUAUUGUGUUCAAGUCGCUUCUGGACUGCGGAUUCGAAAAAAAAUCGUGAAAAAUUUGCGCUGAUUUUAAGCCGUAAGGCCUCUGAGUCUUGAACAUUUUGAUAUAUGACAUGGGCUAUUACCUUUGGUCUUAUUUGCGCUAGAUCACUAUAAAACGACAUUGAUUAUUUAAUGGCGUCCCGUACUACAUAUAGUCAGAUAUAGUACACCUGAUAGUGCGUGAUUUCAGUCUUACUGAUCGCUUGAUAAUGUAAAUUGCAACAGAACCUCCCUAAAAAAUCCAUAACUUCAGCGCCUUGAAAAAUACGCACUCCAUAAAUAAUUUCCAGCUGUGUACGCAGUCUAAUGAUCGCUUAAUCAACCCACGUUACCAAGACGACACGAGAGUUUGGGCAAAAUAAGUUUAUUGAACCAAGCGGAGAAAGCUGACCGAUAGCUUGACAAUAAACCAAGACGCAACUAGAUUAAAUUAAAUGAAACGAAGGGACAAUAUGGUUAUAAACUCAACAAGAAUACUGAGAUAUAAGGGGGGGAGAGGUGGGCAAGAGGUUACGCGUCGCCUCCGGAUCUAACAAAAGAUGACCGGUUAAGAAUGUGCGCUCGUUUAUAUAAGACAUUUGACACCUCCGUAACUAGUUAAUUAACGAUCAUUAAUAAAUGAUUACUCCACUGGUGCGUGAAACUCGAUCGCCUACUAUCUACCUUUCUUUUCCUAUCCCCAAAUUUUUGUUUCGCACCGCAUGCAUAUUUGUAUUAAGAAAACUAUCCGAUUUAAGCAACAUAUAGUUAACUCCCUCUAAUUUAACAUGGAUUCCUUUGGGAUCGGCACUAUGUGUCCGUCUUAGCGAGAUGUCCGUCUAAUAAUAAAUAAGGAGUCAGCUAAUACUGAAAGGAGUUAAGAAAGGCAGGGACCAACUCUUGGUGUCAGUUUUAGCGAGGUGUGCGUGAAGAGACUCGACAGUACUUAAUUCUUUGCAAAUAAUAGCAUAAGUACUAAGAUAAAUAUUUAUAUCUGCUUGGCUUGUCACACACAAAAGAGAGCGUUCUUGGGAACAAUAUAAAUUAAUCGAAGGUCAAAUGUCUCAAAGUUGCCUUUAGACCUUUCAAUUAGAGAAAAAAAUUAAGUCUAUUUUGAAGUGUCGUUUAACACCUUGGUAAAAUAAAAUCACUAACAAACUAGACUGCAAAACAGUCCGUAUUUUUGCGUAUUCAAGUACGUGCGAGCAGUCAAGCGAAAGGUCUUGAGCAAGGCUGAAAACGGAGGGAGAGACGCUAAAACACGCCCGCUGUGAGGCUCGCACGCUUCGCGCGUGUGAAACUCUUCACGCUGGACCGAUUUUGAGAAAAAAAAAGCCGACUAUUUUGCAGUCUGUAACAAAAGUUAAGAUUAUCAAUUUGGCUUCAAUUAAACGUUCAAGAUAAAAUAUUGAGAAAAAAACUCUUUCACAAUUUUAGACGUGCCGUAUGGUGGAAAUGUAUGCAUCCGGGGGGGGGGGGUACUCCCUAAUAUUGGCUACAUAGGUAUGUGCGGCCCCAAAGGGUAGGGUUUUUCAGCCGUUUUGGUCAUAAAUUGGGUAUCGAUUUUGCCUAUUUUGCCGCCAUUUUGGUCAUAAAUAGGGUAACGAUUUCUGUACUGUAGUCUUGAAUGCACUUUUUUAGAAGAAGCUACUUCCUUAUCAUGUCCCCCUCCUUCCAUUCGCGCUUUGCCUUCCUCUCCACCGGCUGCUUUGUAGGCUAGAAAAUACAAGAAACAAAAGCCCUUCACAAAAUAGGGUAUCAAAUUUUUGGUUAGGUCAUAAAUAGGGUAGGGAAAAUCGCAGAUUUUGGUCAUAAAUAGGGUAAGGGUUUUGGGAAGCGGGCCGCACACCCCUACCCAAUUUUUCUGCGAGUACCCCCCCGGGGUAUGCACCAAGGGUCUUGUCCUUCUUUUGACGUAAAAUGACAACUAGAGAUUGGCGAGCGAGAUUCCGGUAUUAUAGGGGAUCAAAUUCGGUGAAGAAUGUUAAACCAUCUUCGCGUACACAUGCUAAAAAUCAGAAUUGCUGAUGAGGAGGUGAGGUGAGGGAAGUGAAAAUAAAGAAUAGUUAAACAGUUCAGUCUUUCCUCAACUGCAGUACCAGUGAGGGAGGGGUAGGUGGGUAAUUUUUUUUUUUUCGCCUUUUUCAGGCGGGUAAAGGCAAGUGAAAAGUGGGCAUAGAGGGCGAUACACGCGCGUCGGGGCAAGGCGUAUCUUGCGCUUCUCCCUCGCUUUGCGAUUGCCCCCCAGUUAUUCGCCUGAAAAACGCGAAAAAUAGACGUUUUUUUUUCUGCAGGCUAACACUGAUCCAACGUCUUCCAGUGAUCCCUGUAUUACUCCUGAUAUUAAUCGGGUCUUUUUUAAAUCACAUUUUAGGUCACCAGUGCGGUUAGCCUAUGAUAACUUUGACGCAAACGCUGCCGGGAAAGAUUUACCACCUCUAAUGAUCCUGCAUGGCUUGUUUGGUUCCAAGCGCAAUUUCAGAGAGUUGGCAAAGAUGUUCAACAAAGAAACUGGACGACAGGUAAACUAUUAUUUUGUGGAGUGCAUUGGUUAUGAGGAGGUGCGCUCUGUGAUUGGAUGAAAAAUCACAACCAGUGAGAGGUAAAAACAAAAUUGUGCGCCUUUUCCCACCCUUUUUUGGUACCGGCGGACUACAUGUAUUUGCCCCAAGUUCUCAUCAAUACAUUUGAAAUUCAGCUCACAUAGUAAUUGGUCAGAGCAGUUAUUUAAGCUGUCUUUGCAAGACUCAAUCGAACCCCAAACUCCCGACCACAACUAAAACGAUUGUGUACAUUGGUACUUCCCAUGCAUGCGCAUUGCGGACUCGUACACGUCUUUGCCGAUGGAAUUCCCGCAGUCCAAUCCUAUUAUUAGGGAGCUUAAGCAACAACGACGGCAACGAGAACGGCAAAUACGCACUAGUUUUUGAUUGACAAAACAACAACUUUGCACGCGCAUCACGCUUUUUUUGUACAUUUAUUUGCCGACACUGAACGACUACGAGGUGAAACUUUCUAAUUACUCGUUUUAUGAGGGACGUGAAAACAAGAGAAAAAUUUUCAGUUUCUUUUUCUAACCUUAGAUACAGUAUUUCAGAAUCAACUCCAGAAAAAUUGCCCAACGCUUGACAAAUUAAAUCAAUGGAAUAAAAGUGAUAAAGUUUGAAACAGCGCGAAUUCGCUUAAGCUCCCUAUUGUGAAUAGUCUACUACACAGCUGUUUUUAGAGUCGUCACGCAACGCUCCUCCCCACUUUGCGAGGAGGAGCGUUGCGUGACGACACUAAAAACGGCUGUGUAGCAGACUAUAUUGUGAAUGAACUGUUCCCAGUAGAGGCUCCAAACCCAUGAUAAAAAAGAAAAGGCAAAGAGGCCGAUAGCUCGAAAUAGUCAUCUUAUUGACAAACCUGAGGCCGAUGGUGUGCUCAUUUUACCCCCUCUGACUGAUCUGGGAUGGUUUAUUCGCCAACUGAACGUUUGGCUUUGUUUAUGAUCCUCGGCCGAGUAUGACCUCCAACUUCUUCAUGUACUUGAGCUUUUCCUCUUUGUAUUGAAAUCCUUUAAGGAGAAAUGAUAUUAAGCCCCCCCCCGCUUCAAAUGUGUUUGAAAUAAAUAGCCCCCCCGGGGGGGGGGGGGGCUUGAUAGAGGACUCACUGUAUUUUUACAAUUGAUUUGAUAAUUUUCAUUCCUAGUUUUUCAGAAUCGGCGAAUUAUACUGAUAGCUUGACUUUCUAAACCGGACUGAAGUGACACCGUCUAAAUCAGUCGUUAAAAGAUUCGCUUUCCCGCCUUUUUUGCCAGUCUUAUGACUGAUAGCUUUUAUAAUAGGCAGUUUCUUGGUGUUGAGGACGUGCAUGCAAUCCCUAAAUGACGUAAUACAAAAGAAUGAAUUGCUUUAGUGCUACCAAACUCAUGUUAAACACCGUUCUAUUGCAGAUUGUAACUGUGGAUGCGAGAAAUCACGGAGACAGUGACCGCAGUCCCCACAUGAGCUUUUCUCUAAUGGCUUCCGAUGUAUAUCAUCUUAUUCAAGAACUGCAGCUUUCCAAGGUGGUUCUAUUGGCAAACAGUAUGGGCGCAAAGACGGCGAUGACGUUCGCGUUGACAUAUCCAGCUUCAUUAGACAGCCUCAUAGUUGUCGACACGUCUCCUUCCCCCAAAAGAAGUCAAUUUGCGGAAGAAGUGUUUCCACCUGGCUUAAAAGCACUCAAGACUGUAGAUUUAAAUCAGAUAAAAGACAGACGAGAUGUUGACAACGUUUUGAAGGACGUAAUUCCUGUAGGUGUUCCCUUACUAAUAUUACUCCCUUAAGUUAUUUUUUUGGAAAAGGCACACUUACUCUGUGGCGGAUCCAGAGGAGGGGCACGGGACCCCCUUAAUUUGAGACCAAAUUGAGGCUCAAAGAGCCGUUAUAAAAUUUUUAUUUGAGACCUCCCCCUUAUGUCAGGUGUCAGGGUCUGGAUGACCGGGGACGCCUUAUCCGAAGGUCUGGAUCCGCAACUGGUACUAUAUGCCCUGAAUAAACCCUCCGCUCUAAUAAGCGCUAACCCUUUGACCAAUUAGCAAUUGCAAUAAGCCUCCCCUCUCCCUCGACUUCACUUUACAAAAUAGUUAGGAUUUCACUACUAUCUAGUCCCAGUCGUCUUCGGGACACGCACGGCGGGAGCAGGGAGUAAUGAAAAUGCCAUUUGGGAGAGGCUAAACAGAGAGACAUUGAAAUCUGCAGAGCUGAUCGUGCUCGGUAAAAAUUAACUUUGCAAGACAUAGACACUGCAGCGAUAGUAGCCUGUUCCUGGCUCUCAGAUAGCAGUGACGACGCGUAAGUGAAAGGCACGCGAAAAUAUGAGCGCGUGAUCCGGGAAAAGAGGGCAGUAGAGGGAAAAAAAGAGGAGAGUUUCCUCCCGUUUUAUUUUCGUAUUCACGCUUUCUCAAUUUCGCGGACUCGUCUAUCUCGGAGCCAGCAGGAACAGGCUACACCGAUAGAACCUAAACAGAGCGGAGUUGUAGCCGUCGACAGAUGUUUCUCUGUUAUUGUGCCUCAUCGGAAUGAAGUAAAAGCAGACUCAGUACUGCUAAAUAAAAAUACCCGCUCACUCUGUUAAAAGCCCUAACAAUGGACUGUCACACCCGCCGAAUUACACCAUAUCACGUGCCUCCGGGAGGGAAAGAGUCCUGCCAACCGAGUCGUGUUGCUGUCUCGCAAAGAAAAUGUACAGGAUGGCCAAACUAACCUUAGAAUUUAACAUGGACAAGACCGUUCAAUAUGUACAGCGUAUUGCAUUGGACCUUCGGCCUCGAAAUACUAAAGUAACAAAUGAAGGAUCUAUAGAAGACCUGAUAAGCAAAUAUGCAUCAUUAUUAUUAUCAUUAUAUAGUUAUCAUUAUAAUUAUUCCUAUAAUUAUAAUUAUUAUUAUUAUUAUUGUUGUUUUAUUUUAAAAAAAUGGCUAUUUCUACGUUUAGUCAUGUUUCAAUUAUCUCUAUUAAUCCCCUUGAGCUGCAGGUUUUAAUUCAUUUAAGUGCAUAAAUGAAGUAUUAAUGCUUCAAAGUAGAUUCCUCAGUAUUGAAUUCCUCUGUUUCUUUAAUCGAGGAAAUACGUCAGUUCAGUUCCUGUAUUUAUCUAAUAAUUCGACUUUUUUUUUCUUGGUUACCUAAUUAACGCAGAUUGAAGUUUUGAGGUCAUACUUUUUGAAAAACUUGGUGAAAACUGACUCUGGAUUUAAAUGGAAAGUGAACCUUGAAGCCAUAGAUGACAACCUCUCAGAGGUUAUAAGUUUUCCAACACAAUUUCCACACCAGACGUUCAAUGGAAGAGCUCUGUUUGUUGGAGGAAGCGAAUCAGAAUACAUAAGGUACGUAUGAAAACUCCGCGCACCUUGAUUUGAAAUAGUUAGUUGAAUACUUCACACUAUUAUACACUAAUUCUAUUGCCUUCUUUUGUUUAUUUGUAGCUGUUUUAUACUAGUUGUUAUUAACUGUUUCACGGUUCAAGUAAAAUCACUCUAAAGCCUACCAACAAAUAAUAUUUUAAAGCAGAAAUAUAUUUACAUUGGCUUUGCACUCUCAUUUUUUUAUUGCAUUGCAUUGCCUUUGCUAUGGAGAUAAUUACCGUGGGAGUGUUUCGAUAAAACCCGUUUCAAAAGCACUAUAUCUUUGUAUAUCCCUGGAGCUUUUAGCACCUGAUUUGGAAGGUCUCAAGCCGGGGUUUGCAAACCCUUUUUCGGUAUACUACAGUGGAAACUCUAUAGUUAACGAACGGUGGCGGAUUACGAUCUUGAGGGGUCCCCUCAGCGAGUAAGAGGGAGGUCCGGCCUCCUCGCCCUGCGGGCCUCAUUUUCGGUCCCGGGUCCCCUGGACCUCUCCCCGAGAUCCGCCACUCCGAAGAACCCCCAUGUGAUAAAGUCCUUAGUAUAUAGAACGAUAUUCUUCACUCUAGUCGUAGUAAAGUGUCUGGAAAAAUUCACAGAGUCGAGUGAAUUUUCAGUUACGCAGAGGGGAAAUGCGUCCCCGAUAAAGGAGGAUUAAUCCUAAGGGGAAAUGGCAUUGGUGCUAGAUUUACUUCAGGUCACUAGUUGCACCUUGAAAAUAUUUUUGCAUGCAACCUCCUUCUCCAGGCUUUUCCCUUGGACUUCCUUACCUUCAGUUGUAAUUGUUAUUCUAUAGUAUUACUGAUCCUGAUCUACACAAAGAUCCGGCUUUCCAACCUCGCUGUUGUUUGUCCAAGUGGUCCUUGCAAGAAUUGCUCGCUAAUUCUCCCUUAGAAGCUGGAAGGGGCUCUGGGAACCAGGGCCCAGUUGUUGGAAGGCCGAUUAACGCUUAACCCGAGUUUCUUUUUCUUUUGUUCAAAAGCAUUUUCUUGGACAGUUUUCUCUGAUAUUAAUAGAGCAUCGAAUCAUCAGCUUGUAGACAAAAAGAAUUAAACUGAAUUUACUUUAUAAGCUUUCAUAUUUGAUUUCAAAUUUUGCACUAACCCUGGGUUAUCUUAACCCAGCUUUGAACAACCCGGCGCAGGUUGUUUUGUAUGCCAUCUUGCUAGUAAUCAAAACUACCUCGAGCACGUUCCGGGGGUGUUAAUUUUUUGUAGCGAAAUUGCUGUUGGCGUAGAGACUGGAAAGCAAAGCCCCCACGGCCAGGCUCCGGGGGAGCAUAAUUUUAAAACUGUGGACCCUGCGGUAUUUCAUCUGAGGAUCCGCCGCUGGGGCUGAGGAAAACUUCACCAAAAGGGUCCUAAUUUAUUUAACACAAAAAAGGGCCACUUGCACGAUGACGUCAUAGUACUACUACCACCACAAUCCUUUAGAAUUUUCAAUGCUUGUGCAAAUCAGGGCUUUUGUUAUUUAAACCUCGCUGGGAUUUCCAAAUAUAAAUAUGAAAGGAAAACGAAAAGGAUUCUGGUCGUGGUAGUAAAAUGACGUCAUCGUGCAAAUGGCCUAUUUCUCUCUGUUGUUUUAUUUAGUGAAUCAGAUUAUCCUACAAUCUACAAGUUAUUUCCCAGAGCUGACAUCAAGUUUAUACCUGAUAGCAGGCACUGGCUUAUUAUUGAAAAACCGAAGGAAUUUGCACAAACUGUGAUGGAGUUCCUAGCAAAGGACACUGCAGAUCACCAAUUUUAA